AUGACUGUUAAAUCAAAUAUAUUACUAGUUUACUCGUUGUUGUAUACCCUCUUUCUUUGGACCUCACCUAUAGCAGCUAAAAACGUAAUAAACUUAACCGCCUUUAGAGAUAGUAAUGGUAAGUUACACAAGAGAUUACUUCCCGAUGUUCAGUACCAAACGUUAGCCAAAACUGAUAUGCGUUCUCCAAUGGGGAAACGAGAUGCAAAGAAACUCCCACUUGAUCUCCUUGAUUUUUUCUCCAACCAUGGUGGGAAAACAAGUAAGAAGGAGAAGCGUGCUUUUAUGAUGAACCCAGUUUCCCUGGAUUCCCAACUACCUCUAUUAAAGGAAAUAGAAAUAUUUUCCAGUUAUUUAAGGAAUGAUGUUGAUACUUAUGACAAAUUAAGGGACCCCAACGAGAAUUUGAUAAUAUUGGCCCCCACCAACAGUGCCAUUAUUGAGUUAUCUUUGAAACCCUGGGAAUUUCCAAACGACAUCGAUGCAUUGGAAUCAAAAGGUGCAUCUGAAAUGGAAUUAGAUAAUGCUAUCGAUGCCAACAUUAACAAGUUUGUAAGGUCUCAUAUUGUAUCUUAUGACGAUAACAAGGAUGAUAUUACGGGGAGUGGGUCUAUUGUUCUAUUAAGAAGUUUGGCUGCUCCCAGUGGCAUUAAAGAUGUAUUGUUGAAGAGAAACGCGGACUCAUAUUAUGUAGCAUCUGUGAAGGAUGAAGUAUAUCACAGAGUGAAUAGAAUCAUUAAUGGCGAGAAUGGUGUCGUGUUAAUUAUUGAUUCUUGCUUAGAAUGGCCAGAAGAACGUUAA